CUUGAGAAGACAAAAUACCUUCGCUUCAUUAACUUAUAUAUUACCCUCUAUCGACUUGCAACCAAUCCUCAUCAUCAACAAAACUAAAUUGCAAUUUAUUAACAACUUUAUGGAGACCAAUUUCUUAGUAUUAUCUCCUUUUCCACUCAUGCUUUUAACCGUCUUCUUCUCUCUCACCUCACCUCAUCUCAACCAAUCGAUUCAAAGAGUGAUCAAGAUGCUCUACUAGCUUUCAAAAGGUCCAUCACAAAUGGUGCCUUGAGCAACAACUGGCUCACCAACACCUCCGUCUGCGACUGGGCCGGCGUCUCGUGCAGCAGCAAACACAAGAGGGUCACAUCCAUCAACCUCACCGGCUUCGGACUCGAGGGAAACCUCACUCCACAUCUCGGAAACCUAACGUUUCUCCAGUCCUUGGACGUCAGCUCCAACAGUUUGACCGGCGUCUGAGCUGUCCAAACUGCAGCGUCUGCAGGAAAUAAAUGCGGCUUCCAACAACCUGAGUGGAGAGAUUCCGAGACAAACAUGUCAGUGUUGGUGGAGAUUAAUCUGAGCAAUGAUAAGCUGUCGGGCGGCCUCCCCGGCGAUAUGUGUAGUAAUACUCCCAAACUCAAGAGAUUGUUUCUCAGAGAGAAUCACAUUUAUGGGAAUAUUCCGAUGAGUAUAUACAAGUGUAGAGAGAUGGAGGAGCUGAGCUUGUCGACCAACCGCUUCAAUGGAAACAUACCAAUCGGAAUUGGGAAUUUGAGCAUGCUUACGCUUUUAUCUAUGUAUGAAAAUGAUCUCCAAGGAAAUAUUCCGUCUUCUAUCUUCAACAUUUCGUCGUUGGAAUCAAUGUACCUCUUCAGCAAUCGUCUGUCUGGAAACAUCCCCUCCAAGUUGAACAAUUUACCCAACCUCAAUCAGUUGCAACAUUACGACAACAACUUAGAAGGUCAUAUACCAAAGCAAAUUGGGAACCUCACUUCCCUACUAAACCUGGAUCUUGAUUCGAAUAAGUUGGCAGGUGAAUUGCUGGAAGAGCUUGGUAAUCUAGCAAAACUCGAGUCUCUAUUAGCAUCGUUCAACGAUUUCUUAUCUGGUUCCAUCCCAUCUUCCAUAUUCAACUUAUCAAACUUGAAGACACUCCACCUUCAACAGAAUCAAUUUUCCGGCACUCUUCCUUGGAACAUGGGGCUCUCGCUUGUCAGUCUCGAGGAGCUCACCGGACAAAUUCCAACCACUAUCACCAAUGCUUCUCAGCUUAGAGCCUUAGCAAUGGGGCGCCCUAUGGCGCGCCACGUCAGCAGUUUUAUCCUCCUACCUCCCCACCUGCAGUGGGGCGCCCUAAGGCGCGCCACAUCAUCAUUUUAUUGUUUUGUUUAAUUAAUUUAACUGUUUUCAAAUAACAAGUAACGAGUAAAUAAAAAAAGGUCUAAAUAACAAACGGCGAAGUUUUAAUAAAAAAAAGUUACAUCAUUGAACUAAUAAAAAAAAAAGUAAGUCGGACCAAUUCUCAACUUUCGACGCAGCUAAUCGAGUAACGCCCGGAGAUAUUCGGCUUCGUCGGGGUCGGUACACUUCUUGAGGGCCCUGUGCGUCUGCAACAUCGUCCUUGCCAUCGACGCUGUUGCUAACGACUCAAACGCGGUGGCCGUCUG